AUGUCCUCCUUGCCUAGCUAUACCAAAGAUUGGCCAGGAAUAGUCCGCCCUGUCAAUCCGAAGGAUCUUGUGGACGUCCCCUACGAUACUAUAAUCAGCACCUCGUCAAUAUUUUGGCAAAAAAGACCAGGCAGUGCUGUACCGAGAAUGGUCGUCAGAAGCCGUUGCACGAAUUGCAAACACCGAAAUCUUCGCCGGACCACCAAGAGGGCGAAUAUAAACCAAUUGAAGCACCUUCUGAACAACGUCAAACAUCGGCCCGGUGUUUGUCACUGCCAGACAACGGCUGCGAAACGCAAAUGGGCAGCACUACAUCUGUUUUGGAACGACAUGUGCCUCUUCGACGGGAAAGGGGUUCGAAUACAUUGGCUCAAGUAUCAGAACAUAAAUCUUCAAAGACAAAUCGACCUACAACGACUAGUCCGAAAAGACAAUGUCUUGUGGACGACUCUUGACAUGGGUGCUCGGAGAACGCGUCCAUUAGCAGAUAAGAUUCCCACACCUAGAAUACCGUAUAUCUGGGCUGAGACGUACGAAGAGUUACUUGGUGCUGUGCCUUUUCUAUCGACGAUGAACAACGGAGUCUCUGCUGAAAUGGGCUUUGGACUGGGCUAUGGACGGGAUCGGACAUUAUUCAGUUACAAACGGUCAAAAUCUAAUAGUACAAUUAUGCCUGAAAAGCAUUCGACGACGGAAUGUACCGUUUCUGCAGCUGAAAGUACAGAUUGGUGUCAAUUACCGCCGGGAGCGGGUGACGAUGACUGUCCUAGCGACAUGGAGCUCGAGUAUCCGGAAGAAGAGUCAAUAUGUGAAACGUCACUAGUUCGGGAACCCUCCCCUGUGACUCGGUCAAUCGAGAAAUGUUUCCGAGAAGCUGGAAUCUCUGAUCUCAGUUCAGAGUAUCACGAUGCAAGUACUGGCGACCUCUCAAGUAUUUCUUGUGCAGCGCGAAUAGCACCGAAUAAUUCUUCCUCGUCUUCUGCGGACGAUUCUUCGGAGCCAUCCCUACGCGUGGUACAAAGUCGGCCCGACGAGAUUGAACGCUUAUACAGGGCGUACGAAGGCGGCUAUCCUGUUUCUGUAAUAGUAGAUACAGCUUGGUCUCAGUAUCCCUUUACCGUGCUUCCGAGUUGUAAUAUUGAGAAUCAUUCUGAGAAUAGGGAGCCGAUUAUGGGGAAGAAUGGUAUACAGCGAACUUGUGGGCUCAUGCAAUGGACGUUCACCUUGCGAUGGACUCCAGGAGGACCAUUAGACUCCAAUAUUCCAAUAGAUAUCGACGGACGUCCCCAAUCAUCUCCUCCAGUACCUUGGUGGAUUUCAUCGGAGUCUGAUUUGGCUAUUUUAGAGCCAGCGUCCCCAACCAUCGAGUUGAUCGAACCGUAUCUUUUGAACACGAGCAUAUUGCAUUGGGUCAUUAUGCGUGAUACAUACGAAGGUGUUGCAGAUCCGUCUCAGCGUACAUGGCUCUGUAAAAUAUGUGGUAAACUAAGCGCAUCAAGUUGGAUCGGGGAAUAUGUAUGCUCUUAUUGCGGACCAGAGAAGCUGGACGUCAUGAGGUCCCGGAAGGUUGUAUUUGCCCAUUCGGUCUUAGACAGACAACGUUCUCUAAUAGUGUGGGAACCCUGCCCACACGUUCCUGAAGGAUUUGUGUCGGAAAAAAGCCAUUGGAAGGACUUGCUAAGCCAUUUCAGGUACACUCCUAAGCGUCCGAAUCAUCAUAACGAGACCACCAAUUCUAACGCGAUCUGUUCGAACACGAAACACGGUGAAACCACGGAGGAAUGUCUUGAGGAGCGACUAAAGCAACGAACUUCGGAAGGAGUAGUUGGAGAAGCGUCUAGAUCAGCCGAAGAUGCUUCACAGCCGGACGACGAAGCAUUUGUUGUCGAUCUACUAUUCAUAAGAAAUCGCACCGAGUUAGAGAAGGAUGCCGAUGCUCUCUUUCUUGCUUUCCAGAAAGAAGUUCCUAUGCACUUCGAAAGAAUAAAGUCCAAAGUAUCAGCCGGAAUAUUCACAUUUAGUGUUAAUCGACAGUCGCCGCUGCAUCAGCUCUCGGAAGGACGUUCAAACUGGAGUUCAGCCCCAGCGUGCAUUACUAGAGUGCGCCAAAUGAUGAUUGAAUACGCUUGCCACUUCGCCGGUUGCACUCGCGAUGCAGGCGAGUCUCUCUCAUACCUUUGGGUUGUCGCCUGGUUCGGAGAGAGCCCUGUGAAGACCGAACUCCAAGCAAAUGCCGUUGAACAUCCUGUUAUACUAAUGUGCCUCGGUGCUGAUUUGAAUAUUGUAUUCGCAAAACUCGGGCAAAAAGACAUUCAAAAGCAGGCCUCAAAAUCCAAAGUUAAAAUUCCUAAGGUAACAAAGGAUGAUGUAGAUGUAGAAAUGGUUAUAGAAGAUGAAUCGAUUAGAAUGGCCAAUUCUGGUGCUCACGCGGGGGUCUGGUGUGACGGGGAAGGAAAGGAAAGGAGCAAGGGAUUGAUGGCAGCGGACCGCCUUAAAAUUUCGCUGACGCAUGGGAGUAUACUCGUCAUUUCAGGUGCAGACAUUAAUCUGACCAUCGUCCGAUCCGAUAUGGCAAUUUUUGACAACGUUCAGGCUAGCCUAUUACAGCCUGAUGGUGAUGUAUUAAUAAUUGCCUGCAUACAGCCGGGUUGGUCAGAAAUGCGUGGACGUGAUGGUUCUCUGAUUCUACACGUCUAUGAGAGAAUCUGA